UUUUCUCUUUCUCUUUACUUUGCUUCCACUGGGGAAAUGGCUUCCUCUGGAUCACAGAAGCUGGAAGAGAAAUUAAUAUGCUGCAUUUGUCUGGAGAGGUUUACCACGCCUGUAACUGUGCCUUGUGGACACAGUUUUUGUGAGAAGUGCAUCAACAGCCACUGGGACAAAGAGGAACAAGCACCCAAUCGCCAGGAGACCUGCAGUUGCCCUGAAUGCCGAAAAUGCUUUCCAGAGAGACCCAAACUUAGCAAAACUGUCCAGCUUGAAAACCUGGUAGAGCUGCUGAAACAGGAAGAAGUCUGCCCAGGUGUCUCAGAAGGAGAGAUGAAGAAGGCAGCUGGUUCUCAGGCAAGGCAAUGCCCAAAUCAUGGCCGGCCCUUGGAGCUUUACUGUGUAACAGAGAAACGCUGCAUCUGCUGUGUGUGUACCGUGAGAAGCUGCCAAAAGCACCAGAGGGCUCUCUUUGAAGAGGGACGGAAAGCUCAAGAAGGGUCAAUCAAGGAAACCUUGGAAGAAAAACGAAGAGAGGCGGAAAGAAUUGCGGCAGAAAUCCAGAAACUGGAGCAGCAGAUGAACCACGUUACAGUUUUCUCAACGAAGUUCAAAUCAGGAAUUUUGCAAAAAUUUGAUCAUCUCAUGGAAACCCUAAAAGAAUGUCAGAAGAAGGUGUCAGAGAUGGUUACAAGUGAGCAUGCUGCUUGGCUAAAGCAAAUGCAGGAGAACCAGAACUGCCUACAGCAUCAUUUGGAGACUGUCACACAAUACAACAGGACAGCGGAAGAGCUCCUGAGCUCUGCAGAUGAUGUCAAGUUUCUUGAAGAGCAACAUCUCCUUUCUCCACCUACUAAACUGGAAGUUCCUCCAGUCAUUCAACUUGACUUGGAUAAGAAUGCAAAUACCGUCGCCAAGUUCUUCACCGAAUUCUCCAGGCUUUUUGAGGCACUUCAGUCAAAUCUUUUGAAUCCACAAGCAGGUGGCAGAAAAAUCAGACUUGAGCCAAAGGUAUUUGUGAAGAGGAUGCCUGAACCUUGUCUUUCAGAGAAUGAACUAAGGACAAAGCUUCUAAAGGAUCAGCAGAAUUUGACAUUUGAUCCAGUCACAGCCAACAAAUAUCUGCAGAUAUUUGAUAAUAAUCAGAAAGCAACUCAUCAAGUUUUUCAAAAACCAAAGCCAAAUGACCCUCAAAGGUUUGAGCCAUGGCAAGUCAUGUGUACUCAGAACUUCAGCCAAGGCAGCCACUACUGGGAAGUAGAGUUAUCCAACCAUUCUGUCAUUGUUGGCGUAGCGUGCAAAACAUUCACCAGAUUGAAGCAGUCUCAUCAGAAGUUCACCAUUGGGUUGGAUAAACUCUCCUGGGGCCUGCAUAUCCAAGAGGACAGCUACGUGGCUUGGUACAAUGGCAAGUCUACAAAGAUCAAAGAACCCCUGUGCAAAUUCAUUGCAGUUCUAUUGGACUGUGAUCAAGGAACGAUAUCAUUUUACAGCAUAGACAAUAAUAUGAAAUGCCUCCAUGUUUUUCACACCACCUUUACAGAGCCUCUGGUCCCAAUUUUCUGGCUUUGCGAAGGUACAGCUGUGACACUUUGCCAAAGGCCACCCAGCCAGAUUAUAACUGAUGAAAGAUCACCUGAUUUACAGGUAUAGGCAAAGACUGCCCCUAUGGAAAAACUCUGAGCAAACAAAUAACUCUGGAACAUUGGAGAAAAAAUGGCUACUUGGCUGUACCGGCAAUUCUGUUUUUUUAUAGCUCUCCUAUGAAUUGUAAGCCCACCUUGCCUUUCCAGAUAAAGAUGCAGUUAGAUGCUUAUGCAGCACAGAAUCUGAUGCACAUGUUUUUGGGACUGUAUAAAGCUUUUUGGAAAACUACAAAAAUUAAGAAAUGAAUAUCAAUAAAGAAAUAGUGUAAACAAAACGAUAAUUUUUAAUUGGGAAAUUGCCACAGCCAAUAAAAGAAUCAAGUUGGACAGAAAGGAAAUGCACAGUAAUGUUUACCCUGGACUGUUCACAUACACUCUGCAGCCACUUCAUUGUGAAGGUAUGCUGUGAAACAGUUAAGUACAUAUAUAGUUUCUCAUAUGGAUGACUGGAUACUAACAAAUUCUUAAGAAUUCAUAUUCUGGAAACCAACUUUUAAAUUUUAUUUUUGUACCCUUUUUCUAUUAGAAGAGACUAUACUAGAGUAUUUUACAAAAGAAUUAAACCAGUUUUUAAAAGAUCAAUAUUAAUAAAUAUUUGUUAAAAACAAUUAUAAAAAAUACAAGCAUUAAUGUUUUAUUUUUUUAAAAGCAGUUUAAAAGAAAAUAUAGAUCUAGAGCAGGUUUUAUUUUGUUUUCGUAAGUUUGAAAAUUCGCAGGGAAAGAAAGCUUAUUUUUCUAUAGAGAAAAUUAUAACAUAUUUAAAACUAGCAUUACAGAUUCUUGUCAUGUUUAUUAUCUUUUUUAUUCUGUUCAUUCAAAAGGAAAGUUGGAAUAAUAUUAUCUAAAGAUUCUCAGAACUGCCCAUUAGCAAGACAUCUCUUAGAAAAUUGAACUGAACAGGACCAUAUUUUCCAUUGGUUUGGGGGUGGGGGAAGAGGACUGAAGAGAAGCUGGAAAAAGAUCAAAGUUGAAAAUGAGUCAGAUCUGGCUGUUGAGGUUGUUGAGGAAAAGAUCUAGGAAAGUUUUCAACUUUUUUUUUUUAAUUGUUAAAUUCUUGUAUUAUGUUUUCCUUUUCUGUCUAUGAAUUGGACUAUGCUCAUAAUCUUCCAAGGUCAUAAUUUCUCAAGAAGAGUAAAGUUUAGGGAUCCGUAAUAUCAAAUAGGGGUCCAUCUAAUCCAGAGAUGACAAACCUAUGACACACAUGUCAAAGGUGACAGGCCAUGACCUUUUGGAUCAUGCACACCAGCAUUCCCCAACAUUCCCCAACUAUUCUCAAAAGUACAUUCCAUUCCUGCACAAUUUUGGAGACUGUGGAGACCAUGGAAGAGCAUUCUUUGAAGUCACUUCAAAAAACGAAGGCCGCAUGUAACAAAUAAGCUGCAGGGACCUGUUAACAGAAAGAGAGCAUUGCCUGAUGCUCUGGCAUAUGGCAAAUCCUUGGGAUCAGAGACAAUUGGUCUGCAUUUAAAAAAAAUAAAAUUAUGAAAAUA